UGAACGAAUUUAGCUGAGAAAAGACAAAAAAGAGGAAAGAAAAAGAAAGCUACUUACUGCCCACCUGACCCAUCAAUCACUCAAACAUAGAUAUCAUAUAUAUGUAGAGUGCAGAAGGUGAAGGCGAAAGGCAUCAGGCAUCCAUUACUCAUUACUGCAUAUACAUAUAAUCUUCUUCUCGUCGGGGAGCUUCGAAAAUGAAGGUGGCGGCCCGCGUCCAUUUCUUGGCGAUUCUACCGGCCCUUCUGGUCUCAGCCCAAGCAGCCAUUGCCGGCCAGACAGUGAGCUACUUACCCGGAUAUGAUGGCCCACUUCCCUUCCACCUUCAAACUGGAUACAUAAGUGUUGGUGACUCGGAGUUGUUUUACUACUUCGUUGAGUCCGAAGGCAAUCCUCUAGAGGACCCUUUGCUCUUGUGGCUCACCGGCGGCCCCGGCUGUUCUUCUUUCAGUGGCCUUAUCUACGAAAUUGCCAGCAUCAUAUUUCUGGAUCAACCGGUGGGCGCUGGAUUUUCCUAUUCAAAAACAUGGAAGGGCUGGCCAUCAUCUGACUCAAAAUCAGCAAAGCAAUCGUAUGAAUUUCUCGUAAAGUGGCUUGAAGAAAACUCGCAAUAUCUCAAAGUUCCAUUAUUUGUGACGGGAGACUCUUAUUCAGGGAUAACGAUUCCAUUGAUCACUAAGCUAAUUGCAGAUGGUAAUAAAAAUGGUGGCAGGCCCUACAUGAACCUCAAGGGGAUGUUUCUUGGGAGCCCUGCCACUCAUGUUAUAAUGGAUAAGAACUCGAGAGUAGACUUUGCUCACAGGAUGUCCCUUAUUUCAGAUGAGAUCUAUGAGAAUGCGAAGAGGGCUUGCAAUGAGAGAUACACAAGUGCAGACCCAACAAACAUAGCUUGUACGACAGCCAUGGCCGAGAUAACAAAGUGCACAAAAGAUGUGUUUAUUUAUGACAUUUUGCAACCCAAGUGUCAAAUAUUGUCUCCUCAAACUCAAAGUGAUCCAUUAGGACAAACUACAGAAAGAAGAUCACUUCAAGUUGAAGAACACCAUCAUCAUGCCCUUUCUCAUUUCCUUUCCUCUCGUCCACGCUCCUCAAACCACCCAUGUCCAACCUAUAUGUACAUAUUUGCCCAUGCCUGGGCAAACGAGGAUGCUGUACAAAAAGCUUUACAUGUGCGAAAGGGAACUGUACCGUGUUGGAGCAGAUGCAAUGAGAGCUUAUCAUACUCAAAGGACAUACCGAACGUUGUACCUGUUCAUGAAGAGCUAAAGAAGUUAGCUUUACAAGUGAUUGUAGCUACGGGCGACCAUGACAUGGCUAUUCCAUAUGUGGGCAUUGUCAAAUGGAUCAAAUUUCUGAACCUGACGACCGCUGAUUACUGGCGACCAUGGUAUUUGGAUGGCCAAGUCGCAGGGUAA